AUGCGUGUACAAUCAGGCUACCCAAGUGGGGUGAUGCCUAGAAGAGUGACUCAAAUAUGGAGCAUCUACCCGUACAUAUGGAAAAAAGCGGCUUUGAGAUUCAACGCCGGGUUGAAUGCGCACAGUCAGUACAGUAUGCCAUUCUCCUUUCAAUUGAUUUUGAGGUCAAGCGGUCUUCAACCGGAAAAACAACAUAUGGCAAAUGGCAAUAAUUGGGGGCUCCCCCGGGUCGCCGUCCUCGAAUAUGUUAAAUGGUGUAUCAUGUGUCGAUGGGAUAGUAAAGCUGGACAUAUCAGUGGCAUGUUAUUGCGAGCUAAAAUACUCAGGCGCCGCAUGUUUAGAAUUGACCAGAUAUGUGUAAGAUGUCUAUUGCGCCUUACAAGAACGAGGACGACUCGGCGUCCAUUCAGCGUCUCCCCACAUAAUGAAGCCAUUGCUGCCAAUCCUAAGCUUGGAAAGUUGCUACGAAGAGAGUAUUUCUCUGCCAAUGGUAGCCUCAACAUCUCCAAGGCUCAAUGGCAGAUGCCGGCGCUGCCAUACGAAGUAGCUAAAGCCACGCGCCCACCAAUACCAGAAGACGUGUCUACCACGACUUUGGGAACUAAUCCGCAGAGUCCGCAGAGUCCGCAGAGUCAGUCCCUUCUGGAGACCUUAAAAGACUCUUCAGAACCUCCACACCGAAGGAGGAAACGCAUAAAAGAUGAGACCAAUGCACAAGCUCCUCUUCCUCUCGAUGCAUCCUCUCGCCUCUCCACUUUAUCCGCGACCAUGCCUGCCACGUCUCUUCGUCGACUACUCACGACCUGUCUCUCCCUUUCGAAGCCACGCCUCUCCUUCCUGAUCGUCUUAACUACAGCGACGGCAUACUCGCUCUACCCUGUCCCAGCGCUCCUCCUACCAUCGACCACAGCAUCUCCCUCCCUGUCGGCUUUGACUCUCGUUUUCCUCACUUCGGGUACUGCACUCUGUUGCGCCUCGGCAAAUGCCUUGAAUAUGCUAUUGGAGCCCAAGUACGAUGCUCAGAUGAGCCGGACACGCAAUCGACCUCUCGUUCGUGGCCUUAUAAGCAAGAAAGGAGCGUUGAUGUUCGCAGCUGCCGCUGGAGCUUCAGGGGUAGGGAGCUUGUGGUUCGGCGUCAACCCUACUGUAGCCUUCCUGGGAGGAUUAAACAUCGUGCUCUACGCCGGAAUCUACACGCCUAUGAAACGGAUCUCCGUUCUAAAUACGUGGGCCGGAGCUAUAGUGGGCGGCAUUCCUCCACUGAUGGGCUGGGCGGCGGCAGCAGGACAAAGUGCAACAGGAAGUGGAGAAUGGAAAGAACUUCUGCUCGGUGAAGGAAGCGUUGGUGGAUGGCUUCUCGCAGGAUUACUGUUCGCAUGGCAAUUCCCACAUUUCAACUCGUUGAGCUGGCCUAUUAGGGAGGAGUACAAGAAUGCGGGAUACCGCAUGCUUGUGUGGACUAACGCCAGAAUGAACGGCCGAGUGGCACUUCGGUAUGCCAUACUUUGUUUCCCGAUCUGUGCUGGCCUGUGGUGGUUCCAGAUUACGGACCAAGGAUUCUUGGUCACCAGCAGCAUUGUCAAUGCAUGGAUGGUCAAAGAGGCGUGGAGGUUCUGGAGAAAAGAGGGACACAAGGGAAGUGCGAGGGGUUUGUUCUGGGCAAGUGUCUGGCAUCUGCCGGUGGUCAUGGUGCUGGCUAUGGUACAUAAGAAAGGGCUGUGGGACGGAAUAUGGAAGCGGCUGAAUGGUGAAAGCGAAGACGAAGAUAUUUGGCUAAAUAAUGAAGAGGUACAGACCCGCGAUACUGACGGACAUCCGCUACGGGUUGUUAGAGCCCUUACCUCCAGUGGCGCAUAA